AUGGCGUCGGAAUAUAAGGAUUCCUCUGGUAGAAUUAGGUGUCCGUGUGUUAGAUGCAUAAACAAUAGGCUUGAAACUUUACCUAUGGUGAAAGCACACGUAUUCGAUUGGGGUUUUCAUCAAGGUUACGAGAAGUGGAUAUAUCACGGUGAAGCAGAAGCAGAUGUUGCCAAUGUGGUGGACGCCAACGAUGAUGAUGUUGACGAGAAGUGGAUAUUUCCGAUGGUCGAAGACUUCCUUCUACCUACAACCGAAGAAGUUGAAAAUAAUCCUGCGGCGGGACAAUUUUAUGACGAUCUGUUUGACGAGAUAGAGGCUGAGUUAUAUCCUGGUUGUAAUUGGAUAUCUUCUCUUAACUUUUUAGCAAAAUUAUUGCAUUUGAAAGUUAGAGGCAAGAUUCCGAAUAAAAUCUUCGAUGAAUUACUGAAAUUACUAAAGCUUGCAUUUCCGAAGGGAAAUAAAAUUCCAUCAACCUACUACGAGGCUAAAAAAAGAUUACAGAAAUUAGGGUUAGGGUACGAGUCAAUUCAUGUAUGUGAACAUGACUGUUGUUUGUUUUACAAAGAGCAUUCAACUAAAGAGACUUGUCCAAUUUGCGGAAGUAGUAGAUGGAUUUCUCCUGAAAAAACGGAUGGAAAAAAGGUACCACAUAAGGUGAUGCGUUACUUUCCAUUGACUCCUCGAUUAAAAAGACUGUACAGUUCAAGACUUACAGCGAAACAAAUGUUAUGGCACUAUACUGGGAAAUCAAAAGACGAUGGGAUAAUGAGACACCCAGUGGAUGGGUUAGCGUGGAAGGAUUUCGAUGCCAAACAUCCUGAUUUUGCUAGUGAACCUCGGAAUGUUCGUUUAGGUUUAGCUGCAGAUGGUUUCAAUCCGUUUGGCAACAUGAGUCAAGCAUAUAGUAUGUGGCCUGUGGUGUUGGCUAACUACAAUCUUCCACCUUGGAUGUGUAUGAAAGAUAAUAAUUUCAUAUUAUCCAUUCUUAUUCCUGGACCAAAAUCACCGGGAAAGGACAUGGAUAUAUUCUUGAGACCAUUGGUGGAUGAGUUAAAGGAGUUGUGGGUUAAUGGUGUCGAUACAAGAGAUAGUAUAACCAACACUAUGUUCAAAAGAUUCCUUCCAAGUAACCAUCGAAUGAGAAGAGACACUCAAUUUGACGGACAAAUCGAGAGAAGACGUCCACCAAGACGUUUUACUUGUGAGGAAAUAUUAGAACAAGUAAACAAACUUGUACCACAAGUUCCUGGAAAACACGAGAUGUUUGGAGGUGUCAAACGUAGGCGUAUUGCAGAAGAUCAAAAUUGGAGGAAGAAAAGCAUAUUUUAUGAGCUUGAUUAUUGGUCUUCGAACACUUUAAAACACAACAUUGAUGUCAUGCAUGUGGAGAAGAAUGUGUGUGAUAGUUUGUUAGGCACAAUCUUGGAUAAUGAUAAAUCCAAGGACACCACUAAUGCAAGACAUGAUUUGAAAAAGUUUGGAGUAAGGGAAUCGUUGUGGAUAUAUGAAGAUGACAGCGGAAAGUUAAUGAAGCCUCAUGCCCCUUAUGUUCUCACAUCUGAUCAAAGAAUGCAGUUUUGUAAAUUUAUUCGAGAUGUGAAAUUUCCAGAUAAUUUUUGUUCCAAUUUAAAGAAGAAAGUAAAUGCUGAUUUAACAAAUAUCAGCGGUUUAAAGUCCCACGACAGUCAUGCAAAUUUGUGCAAGAACUAUAAAGGUGUUGAAACAAGAUUUAAUCGUCUUGAUCGCAAUGAAGAUGAGGUGACACCAAGAAAUCUUUUUGUAUUUCAAUCGCAAUGUCGACCUAUAACAAAAGAAACUCUAAAGCCUCUUGAUCGUGCGACUCGUGAACAAGCAGAGUGUGAACACUUAGAAGAAAUCAAACAGAAAUAUCAGGAUGGAGAUCAUAACAUUUUACAUAAGAAAUAUUUUCAGCGAUGGUUUCACAAGAAGAUAUACGACUUACAAAAGCUUGGAUCGUUAGAUAAUGGUGACGAGUUGCUAGCUUUAGCAUCUGGAUCAGAUCAUUUAGGAGCUUAUUACGAAGGUUGUAUAGUGAAUGGUGUUCGAUUUAUGUCAACCAAACGAGAUUUAAAGAGGAGCACUCAAAACAGUGGAGUAUUUGUUGCUGGAACAGAAGAUUUUAACUAUUAUGGAAUACUUGAAGACGUAUUAAAGUUAACAUUUACUGGCACAUAUUCUGUGACAUUGUUCAAGUGUAAGUGGUUUAAUACAGAUCCAAGAAGGAAAAAAAUAAUUAUAGAGAAUAAUAUUACUAGUAUAAACACUAGCGGGGAAUGGUACAAGGAUGACCCAUAUAUACUUGCAAAUCAAGCGAAACAAGUAUUUUAUCUCGAUGAUUUACUUAGAGGAAAUCAGUGGAAAGUGGUUGAGGGGGUAAACCAUCGACAAAUUUGGGACGUCGAGAACUGUGAAGCUAAUUCAGACAUUGAUGUGGUACAUGAUAUUAGCUCAUCAAAUUUUGUGUUGACUGUGGAUCUCGGCGAGUUGGUUAUGCUACCUACUCAAAAUUCGAUUGACAUUAGUACAAUACAAAAUUUAAAUGUUAGUCAAGAGGAUCACGAGUUAGGCGAUGAAGAAGCAAAUGAAGAAUUAGAUGAAGAAGAUGAUUUACUAAUUGAUUUUUGUGAAGAUGAUGUUAAUGCUAAUUUAGUUAAUGAUGGAAGUGAUAGUGAUUAUUAG